UUUCCCAUCUAAAUAGUUAAUCAUAAGUAAUCUCUAGUUUAAAAAACUAUAAGCCGGUUGGACGAAAUGGUAUAAAUGCGAAAAUUCUUAAGCUAUUUGAUAUUCAACGCUUAUGCAAACUGUUUAUCAACAUAUUCACGGGGCAAAUACCAAAUACAGAUUGGCUAAGAAAUCAACCUUCGUUGCAAUACGAAAGAAGCACAAUGCCAGUUUCUGCGAAAAGCACCGUUUAAUUAGCUUAUUGAGCUACGUGCAUUCCUAAAAAUGAUACAUAAGCGAAUUUAGAAAUGUGAAGAAAUGAACCUCCACUUUCAUUACGCAGGGAAUACCUAAGUGAGAAAUUUAUAGUUAAAGUAGCGGUUAACGAUAAACUGCUAUUAAAUAAAAUUGUUCAUCUAACCACCUCAUACCUAACUCAUUAUUACUGGGAAAAAAGAAACUGUUUUUAAUUGUGGAAAGCUUUCUCAACGUUUCCAAUUCCAUUGGCGACAUACACCAAAUAGAACAAAGCUCGUCUCGAAAACUAAAUUAUGAAGAUUAUUUAUCUCCAGUAAACUGUCAUUUAAGUAAUAUUCGUGCGACAGACUUCCUUACUAAAAUAGACCACCUUCAGUGUGUACAAAACAACGGAGGGAGUUAUCAAAAAUUAUAUACGGAUGGUUCAAAAAUGGAAGGAAAAGUUGGAUAUGCUAUAUAUUACCCACAAAAAAAGUAUAAAAAUAAACAACAGAUUACCUGAUAAAAUGACAAUUUUCACAGCUGAACUCAUUGCAAUCAAAUAAGCAUACAAAAUAUGUAUUAAUCAAAAAGAACUCAAUUAUGUUAUAUUUACAGACUGCCAAAGCAUUGUAAAGAAAUUGAAAUAUAAUAUACAUAAUUUUGCAGAAAAUUAUAUCAUCAGUGACAUCAUAGCAAUAAACAGUGAAGCUUUGAAAUCGGGCAAAAAUAUAAUAUUGUGCUGAAUAAAAGCACACAUUGGUAUAAAAAACAACGAAAUAGUAGAUGAUCUGGCUAAAAAAGCAACAACGAAGAAAUCCGCUCUGCAAACCUAUCAACUUCCUAUGUGAGACAUAAUUUCUAUUAUCAGAUCUAUCAAACGGACGAAAUGGCAGGAACAAUACAAUAAUUCAGACAAAGGAAAUUAUUACAAAAAAAUCCAGCCUACACUUCCCAUCAAGACAUGGUUUAAUCAAGUUUCCAACAGAGGCUUUAUCAAAACUAUUUGUCGAAUAAGAAGUAAUCACUGUCUGAUUCCAGUCUACAAAAGAGAAAUAGGACUUGUAGAUAAUGAUGAAUGUUUAUGUGGAGAGCUAGCUGAUCUACAACAUAUGCUGUUAGAAUGUCCUUUACAUUUGAUUGAAAUAUCAAAUUUCUAUACCAAUCUAGUUCAAGUUAAUGUACAAUUUCCUUUUAAUCUUAUAUACCUUUUACAAUCAAACAGGGGGGACAGAGUUGCUCGCGUCCGUGGUCUAUCGUAAGGUACGAUCACACGUGUCCCCUGGGUAACGCUAAAUGAGCAGCAGCGAUUCGUCGUUACGCGCGCUGAUCCAUGAGUGUACGAAUCCCUACUCGAAACGGCCCUUCUCAGGGCAGCGACGCAGACCUCAAAGUCAUCUUCUGGAACGCUGGAGGUCUAAGCAACAGCAAGUUUUUAGAACUCAAACGAAGCGUUCUCGAAAAGAACGUUGAUAUAUAUGUCAUUGUAGAGGCAGGAGCCGCUACAGACACACCUCACCUCUACUCUACAGUUGGCUAUUCAACCCAUGUGCUGAAGAGGAGUCGACAAGUAGCGUCAGGAAUUAUCCCCCAAGGAAUCAAAACCCCUCUAGUAUGCAAGACUAACAUAAUCCACGAAAUGCAGGAUAGAGAUAAACUGGAAAUGUUCCAGGUCAAAGUCUGGAAAAACUCGAAACGUCACCCUUUUCUUACUAUACAAUCCGCCAGAUAAUAUAACUGCAUUGGAAUUGGUAGAGCAACAAAUCCAGCCAAGUACCAUCAUAAUUGGAGAUUUCAAUAGUCCAUCCACGAGAUGGGGCUACUCUAGAACCACCAACGUUGGGAAACACCUCGAGGACUUUUUGGAUAACAACUAUCUUGAUGUAGUGAACACCCCACCUACGUUCUUAUCGUUUAGAGGAAGUCAAUCAAGGCCCGAUCUUGUCGUAACACACCCACACAUUACAGGGAAGACCAGUGUAACCCUCCUGGACGACGCAGCAGGCUGUGGUCACCGCGCUCUGCUAGUGACAUGCAAACUGGCAAAGGACAAAAAAGCCCAAAAUCGCGCCCCGCGCUGGAAUUUUAAAAAGGCGGAUUGGAAAAAGUACAGGGAAUGCACAGAUGAAGUCCUUACUCAACUAACACUACAAGAACCAGAAGAAGCAGCAAAGAAAGUAACCGAGGCCAUACUUAAAUGUGCAAAAGAGUGCAUACCGCGAGGUCAAAUUAAGGGCUAUAAGACUUUCUGGUCCCCAACGCUAUCCAAAUUGAAAGCUGCCAGAAAUAAAGCCAGGGGCAAAGCUGAAAAAUCCAGGCAAAUGAACGAUUGUGUAGAGCUUCGAAAGAGACAAGCGAUCCUAACUCAAGCCAUUAAGUCAGGGAAAAGAGAAGCUUUCAAAUCCUUCCUUGCUAAGCUCGACUUCCGAAAAGACGGCGUCAAAGCGCACAGGUUCGUUACUACGCUAAACAAUGAUGGAAACAAGCAACAGCAAAUGCCAAUGAGAGGCAUGGCUAGAGAACUCACUACACAUGCCGAUAUAGCAAACGAACUCUGUAAACACUACACAAAAGUGAGUAAUAUUAAGAUAAAUAAGAGGGAGAAAGCAAGACUGUUGCGCUAUCCCCCUCCCCGGCGGAUGAGCAAAAGUAUAAAGGACAUCUGUACAGAAGAUUUCUCGAUAUCAGAGCUGGAAGCGGCUCUCUCUGACACAAAAACGAAAAAGGCAGCAGAGAUUGACGAGUUGUACCCGGAAAUGCUUAAAUAUCUGGGAGCCGCAGCCAAAAACACCAUUCUGAACUUGAUUAACCUAACAUGGAAUUCAAGAGUCCCAAGUCAAUGGAGGAAGAGCGAGGUCAUACCCACCCUAAAGAAACAAAAAGACCCGAGCCUGACUGAUAGCUACCGGCCAAUAUCCCUCACAAGCUCCUUAUGCAAAGUAGCCGAAAAAAUGGUUCUGGACAGACUGAACCGAGCCAUAACCCAUCUUGAACUGAUUGACGACGCACAAGCUGGCUUCAGGAAACACAGGAACACCAUGGACCAUGUAGUCGAGUUUGCUCAAAAAGUCAAGGAUGCUUUCCACCGUAAGAUGUCAACAGUUGCAGUGCUAGUAGACCUCAAAGCUGCAUACGACAUAGUAUGGAGAGGUUUGCUGUUACACAAGAUAGCGAAGUCUGGAAUUGACGGUAAACUGUUCAAUUGGAUAAAAUCUUUUCUCGGUGAAAGGUAUCAGAGAGUCAAAUUUCACAACCAUUAUUCCAAAUUCAGACUACAAAGACAAGGGCUGCUACAAGGAGCUGUCAUCAGCUGUCAAUUGUUCAACCUAAUGAUAAACGAUGUGCUCGCAAUGAUUAGAAGGACACCUGGUGUUGAUGCCCUCCUGUAUGCCGAUGACCUCCUAAUAUGGGCAUCAAGUAGCAGUCUGAAAGCGCUCGAGGGAGUAGUGAACCAGGCUCUCAAAAAUCUAGAAAAAUGGGCGGAUGAAAACUGCCUAACUGUCAGUACAACCAAAACCUUAUAUCAAGUACUUACCCUUUCAACAAAGCAGACUGCUGUCAAGCUGACAUACAAAGGAGUCGACCUGGAAAGAGAGGAUGUAACGAAAUACCUGGGGGUGUACAUAGAUAAGAAAAUAGCGUGGAAACCUCAAAUCGACGACAUUGCAGAGAAAGCCACAAAGAGAUGUCGACUGCUCAAACGUCUCACAGCAACAAAAUGGGGCGCCACGCAAGAUGUCUUGGUAGCAACAUACAAAACCUAUGUCAGGCCGAUACUAGAAUAUGGGAGUGAAGCUACAAUAACUGCGAGUACAAACACCACCUCCAAGCUUGAAGUCGCCCAGAACACUGCCCUUCGCGUCAUCACCGGUGCUCCAAAAUCAACACCGAUUACAUCAAUGGAAGCCCAGACCGGUAUUGAACCAAUACAAUGCCGCAGAGAGCAACACGCGUUAACCUUCUGGGAAAGGCAAAGACGAAUACUUCCACAAAAAUGGGACGAAUAUAGACAAGCAGCCUCACGUCUUAAAACACAAACCACUCCGCUUACAGUAGCAAAUCAAAUCAUGGAAAAAUACCACAUUGACCUGUCGAAAGCCGCCCCCUUCCCAGCGCAAACUACACUCGCUCGCGGUCUACCAAACACAGAAUUGCGUCUUGAAAACCAUAACGACCCGAAGCACUUAUCGUCAGACAUUGUCCUAAGGAAAGCCGCCCUAGAGACGAUACACACCAAUUACCCAGCGCAUGAGUGGCUCCACAUCUACUGCGAUGGCUCCUCGAUGCCGGACUCGGGAAGAACAGGAGCAGGAUAUGUCUCAACGUUCUCCAAAGGCUCCAUAGCUGUGGGUGCCCCUCUCACCAACUAUGAUGGCGAAAUUGCUGCUAUACACGAAGCCGCUAAAAGUCUCGAGAAUCUCCAACACCCCCAAAAAGUUGCCUUCUUCAUCGACUGCCAAGCCGCAAUCCUCGCCCUGUCGACAAAUCGAUAUACCGACUGUGCCCAAACAAUAUCUUGCCGCGUCCAACUAUCGAACUUGCUGGAAAAAGGGUGGCUGAUUACUUUACAAUGGAUCCCUAGUCAUGUCGGUGUUGAAGGGAAUGAAGCGGAGGAUGAACUUGCAAAAGAAGGCACUACUCUUCCACAGCCCCCUAGCUUCCAAUCGUACACAUCAGCAAAGUCCACCAUUAAAAGAGGAAUCAAAGCGAAGAUAAAAGACCAGCAAAUACAAGCCGGUGCUGGAAAAUCUUGGGCCCACCUAAUAGAGUCACCAAUCCCUCACAACUUGCCGAGACCCAUCAGUGUAGCCGCGUUCAGAACAACUACGGGGCAUGACUACCUGGCCUCCCAUCUACAUCGCAUCGGCGUCCGUGAAAAUGACAACUGUCCACUAUGUAAUCAGCCCCAGAUGGAUGCUGCUCACCUCCCAGAGUGCCCAGCCCUGAUAACAGACCCACCCGAGGAGGAUGAAGAUCGCCUACGAGAAACGGCUCGUCUAUACUGGUCAGCGCGCCGCCAAAUGGCUAACAUGCCAAGGGUGGGCGUUGGCUAGUAAGUAAGUAAGUAAUCUUCAAGUUUGCAUAUCAUUGGUUAUACCACAGUCCGGACUCUAAGCGAAAAGAUAGCAUCAGCAGCAACGAGAGUUAUGAACCCUUAGAUAAGAUCCAACGAUGCUCGAUAAGUUUGAUAGAAUGUAGCCUAUUUUUACCAAGAGACGAUCUCGCUUUU